AUGAAGCUAAAUGAUUUUCAACUUUUUCACGUUGUGUUAUUCCUCAUCAAUCGUGUACUUUAUUUUUGUGAUGGCUCGGUUUUAUGCCAAGAACCAUCUCCAGUACCAAAUGCUUACAGGGAAUGGUCUGGAAUAGGUAUGACCGCGGAGGUGAACUAUACCUGCUAUACCCACUAUGUAUUGAUGUCGGGUGAUUUGGUGAGGACUUGUGUCAAUGGUGUUUAUACAGGAGAUGAACCUGUUUGUAAACUUGAUUGUGGAGUACCAAGAAAUCUGGAGGGAGCUACAGUUAGUUAUCCUUCAACUACCUCAGAUUUAACAUCUGUAUCCAAAGCCAAAUACGACUGUUUACCAGGUCUUAAGGUCAAGGGGAAUAGUAAAAACACCGAAAAUAUUGCUGAAGGAUGUAAAGCCUUUCUAGCUGAUGGAAGUAACGUGGACCAUGUUGUUGAUGGUGAUACUACAUGUAAACCGCUGACAGAUACCUCUAUUGAUAUACACCUUAAUGAUACCUAUAAAAUAAUGAAGAUCUUUAUUGUACAUAACUUAGCGAGUAUUAAUAAGAUUUCUGUAUCAGCUAUACAAAACAGUACAGGACUAGAAAAAACUUGUGUUGAAAUGGACUAUGGUGAUGGUACCGUGGGAAUAACCAAGACUUUAUACAGCUCCAAAUUUUAUGCCAGUGCAAAAUGUUAUGGUGAUAUAGUUAGAAUAGUCUUGACUCUAUCAACCACCUUGUCAAUAUGUGAUAUCAUGAUAUACGGAAAUCUUUUUAUAGGUGAUUGUGGUCAGCCGGCAGUGAAAUUUGGUCAGACUGUAGAAUAUACAAAUACAACAGAAGGCAGUACAGCUCUGUUAAGCUGUGUACCUCCAUUCUAUCCUGAAAAUAAUCAUGGUGUUAUAACGUGUCAAGGUACAGCAUGGACAUCAUCCAAACUGAUAUGCACAGACAGGCAUGAUAAUAUAGCUGAUGAAAUACCAAAUAAUUUAUAUGAUAUGGUUCUUGAUAAUAAUUACACUACUUGUGUUAAUAUCGGCAGUUCUAAUGGUAUUCCUAGCGAGUGGUCAAUAGAUCUUGGUCAGGAUUAUGAAGUUAACAGCUUAUCAGUUACUUUUGGCGAUAUGGACCUGUCGCAACCAGUUAAAGCAGUAAUAGUCCAUAGUUCUGGAAAGGCCACUACCUGUCAGUAUGAACGACCAAAGGGAGCUGGUGUUGUGGUUGCUUUUGUAUGUUCAUAUGCACGUGUAACUCGUAAUAUUAAAUUAACUGGAGGAGAUGAGUUAAAUCUUUGUGAUGUAAAAAUUAAAGGAAGAUAUUAUGAUGAACCUCUGGAAUGUUACAAUUCUUUUAAAGGUAUAGAUUAUAAAGGAACGCAAAAUGUUACAAGUAAUGGGCGUGUGUGCCUUCCAUGGGUCUCCAUCCCCGAAUACAGUUCAACCAUUGAAAACUUUCCUGAUGUAUCCUAUGAUGAGACCGGCAAUCAUUGUCGGAACCCCAGCAAGGAUGGUAGAGGCUCGCCAUGGUGUUUUAUAUCGCCAAUUGAAUGGCAUUAUUGUUCUGUACCUAAAUGCGGUAAAUAUAUUGUCUUUGCAUCGUAUCACGAAUAUGGUUAG